GUUCUGUAUACCAGCCACAUGUGACGUCGAGACUCGGGCUCUGGCAUAUGUGGCGUAAAGAUGGGGCGGUCGUGCCCUACCUAAACUUCAUUAGUGGGGUGAUAUCAUUUCACGAAAGCAUCUCCCCAAUACAUUCACGACCUUGGAAUUGUCUACGAUUUUUUCCCACUUGUUACUCAUUUAACCAAUCACUCUUUGAGCCUAUUUACAGCCUAGUUAAAAACUCAUCCUAGUGAAGAUACGCCAUGGCGACCGACGAGUCUGCGGCACCGCCUCAAUUACCGACCAGCAGCAACGGUCACAAUGAAUCAACAAACCAAGAAGCCCCCAGAGAUCCAUCCAUUGUUGCCCCCGAAUCUUUAGAUGUAGACGAAGCCGAAGAUAGCGAUUUAGACUCCGUCUUCAAUCAAGACGACGAUGUUGACGACGACCUUGACUUAGAUGGGGAACCCGGUAUAGCAAGAAAUUACAAUAGGCAACGGCCUUUAAAUACCAGCCUGCAAAAGCCCGCCGCCAACACGGCAGCCAACAUAGAUGAUCAGAUCGCUGCUCUCUCAAAACACGCAGGAAAGAUAAGAUUGGACGAUGUCAAGGAGGGCCAGGAUCGCGAGAAGGAUAAGGCCGAUAGGGCUACAAGUGACCAAGUCCUCGAUCGGAGAACCCGCAUGAUCCUCUAUCAGAUGAUCAAUCGCGAAGUAGUCAGCGAGAUACAUGGCGCAAUCAGUACUGGAAAGGAGGCCAAUGUAUACGGCGCCGUCGCCUAUCCCGAUCCUGAUGGCCCACCGGUCCAGCGUGCUAUUAAGGUCUACAAAACAGCCAUAUUGAGCUUCAAAGACAGAGAGAGGUACAUCACCGGCGAAUACCGAUUUAAAUCCGGCGCGGAAAAAGGCAACAACCGCAAGAUGGUGAAAUUGUGGGCAGAGAAGGAGUUCCGCAACUUGCGAAGGAUCCAUUCUGCUGCUAUUCCUUGUCCUGAACCUAUUCAGCUCAAACUUCACGUGCUCGUUAUGGGUUUCCUUGGAGACAGGAAAGGCUACGCUUACCCGCGGUUACGCGACGCGAACAUUACGGAUGAAGAUGCCGAUCAAGUUUGGAGACAGUUGUAUAUCCAACUCUUAAGUAUCAUGCGACGGUUAUAUCAAGUAUGCAAACUAGUACACGCAGAUUUGAGCGAGUACAAUAUUCUGUACAACGAUAAACAACUUUACAUCAUUGAUGUCUCGCAAAGUGUCGAGCAUGAUCAUCCUCGAUCGCUCGAAUUCCUUCGCAUGGAUAUUAAGAAUACGGGCGAUUUCUUCCGUAGGGAAGGUGUCGACACUUUAUCUGAUCGGACUGUAUUCGACUUUAUCACAAACUCGCAAGGUGCGGUGGAAGAGCCGGGCCUAUCGGCCGCAAUCGAACAGCUAUAUACAUAUAGUUUAUCAUCUUCCAACAACGAAACAGCAGCCGAGCAAGAAGUUGACAACGAGGUCUUUCGAAAUCAAUACAUUCCCCAGACCCUAGAGCAAGUGUAUGAUAUUGAAAAAGACGCUCAAGCAAUUGGUGAGGGAGAGGGAGACAAACUCGUCUAUCGAAAUCUCCUUGCAGACCAGGUAGUAACAAAGCCGGAUGCGGAAGACGCAAGCUCAGGAGACGAAUCGGAUGCUGGCGCAACUCUCACUCACGAUAGUGGAAGUGACGACGAGAGCAGCUUUUCAAAAGGACCUCCUCGAGGGAAACGAUUCCAAGAUAAGGAGGAGAAAAAGCAACACAAGCAUGCUGUCAAGGAAGCGAAGGCCGAGAAGCGAAAAGAGAAAAUGCCGAAACAUGUCAAGAAACGCCUGGUAGCUACAUCUUCCAAGAAGAGGACUAAGUAAACUUGAGGUUGAAUGAAAAAGAAAAAAAAAAGGUACUCAUAGCCCAGCGUAAAUAUCUACCAACGGCAACAUGAAUACAUCCAGCGUUUCAAGCUGCCUAUCUUGACUACUACUCAAUAGCACAUGUGCCGCCGGAGUAGGGAGAAACCCACCCCCGACAGCCUUCCUGUAAGUGUUUCUUUAGAUUCCGUCGUACGCACUUCUAGCAAUCAAAUGACGAAUCCCCAAAGCGCAAAUCCCAAGCUAGGCCACAGCGUUUUUGCCAGUUCCUGACAAUAACCGUGGCUUAGUUCUUGGUAAAAUGCGUCCUGAGCGACCCUCUAAGGGGUCAUGCAGAUCAAAGAGAGCCCUGAUGAUUGUCUUCAUAUUUCCUUUUUUUUCUUCCCCCCAGACACCUGAAUACGUAGGUGGGCGAGUAGAAGGCUAACCAAGGUAGUACG